UAAAGAUCAACAUUUGAGAAUAGGAACUUUACCUUUUUGGCAAAAUUGCCCCUUAUCUAAACUCUCCAAUUUAACCAUAUUUCAUUAAUAUUAGAUUAAUUUUACUUUUCAUAUUUUAUUUUUACCUAGUCUGUCUUGUAAAUUGUAAUUGUGUAUAAAUAUCAGUGUAUGCAGUCCAUUGCUUAACCAUCCGACACUUCUCUUCUGACAACCUCUAAUGGAGUCUCGUUUCUUUUCAUCCCUUGUGACUUUCCUUGUAUUUUCAUCGCUGAGCUUGAGCCCAUGGUUAGCGUUUGCCGGGCGCCCCGCAACAAGCGGUAAUCAAAAGUGUUGCUUCCCAGCAAUAUUCAACUUUGGUGACUCCAAUUCAGACACUGGUGGGUUAUCAGCAGUGUUUGGUCAGGCUCCUCCCCCUCAUGGCAUGACAUUCUUCGGCGGUCCCGCUGGCCGCUACUGUGAUGGCCGUGUCAUUGUUGACUUCAUUGCUGAGCACUUUGGAUUACCAUACACUAGUCCAUAUCUGAGUGCGAUAGGAACCGACUUAAACUAUGGAGCCAACUUCGCCACGGCAGGAUCAACCAUCAGACCCCAGAACACAACUUUUCAUGAUACCGGUUUCAGUCCCAUUUCCUUGGAUGUUCAGUGGAAUGAGUUCUAUGAUUUCCAUACUAGAUCCCAAGUUGUCCGUAACCACAGUGGAGUUUACCAGAAAUUAUUGCCCAAGAAUAAAGCAGCUUAUAGGGAUAUAUUGCCCCCCAUUGAUGUCUUCAACAAUGGCUUGUACACAUUCGAUAUUGGCCAAAACGAUCUCACUGCUGGUUACUUCCUAAACAAGACUACUGAUGAAGUUCGAGAAUAUGUCCCAGAAGUUGUUAAUAAGCUGAAAGACAUCAUCAGCUGGAUAUACGGGCUUGGAGGAAGAAGCUUUUGGAUUCACAAUACAGGUCCGGUUGGCUGUCUACCGUAUGUCUUUGAACGUAUUCCAGUUUUAGCUUCACAGGUUGAUAAGGCUGGAUGCGCAAUCCCAUUCAACGAUGUGGCUCAAUAUUUCAACAGCAAAUUGAAAGAAGCUGUGGCACAAUUGAGGCAGGAGUUUCCAUUGGGCGCCUUCACAUAUGUUGAUAUCUACAAAUUAAAAUAUACCAUGUUUCACGAUGGAGCCAAGCACGGUUUCACGGAAACGAUAAAGAAUUGCUGUGGUUUUGGUGGAAGGUAUAAUUUCAACUUGAAACAGGGCUGUGGAUCAACGGAAAUUGUGAAUGGGACGCAGGUGGUGUUGGGAAAGGCAUGUGACAAACCAGGAGAAUAUGUUGUUUGGGAUGGAGUACACUUCACUGAAGCAGCUAACAAAUUUAUCUACAACAAUAUUGUUAGUGGAGCUUAUUCGGAUCCCCCUGUUCCUUUGGAUAUGGCUUGCCACAGAAUGGAUUGAGCCAGCUAGUUUUCAUUUCUGUUUAUGCACAGGCUAGCUAGAUUUUCCAUCUUCUCUUGUUAGCAAUGCACAUUUUAGUUGAAAAUAAUUAAUAAAAUUUGGAAGCAGUUUCUUAGUUCUA